AUGUUUCUGAAGACUGUGGUCGUGGUCCUGGCCCUGGUGGCUGUUACCAGUGCCCGUACUGAGGUCAACCCUGACCAGGUGGUCUCUGUGGUGUGGAACUACUUCAGCCAGCUGAAGAAUAAUGCCGAGGAGGCUGUGGAGCAUUUCCAGAAGUCUGAGCUCAGCCAGCAGAUCAACGCCCUCUUCCAGGACAAACUUGGGGAUAUGAACACGUACGCCAGCGACCUGCAGACGAAGUUGGUGCCCUUCGCCACAGAGCUGCACGAGCGCCUGACAAAGGAUUCGGAGAAGCUAAAGGAAGAGAUUCGGAAGGAGCUGGAGGAUCUGCGCACCACGCUGCUGCCCCACGCCGAGGAGGUGAGCCAGAAGAUUGGCGACAACGUGCGCGACCUGCAGCAGCUCCUGCAGCCCUACGCCGAGGAGCUGCGCGCCCAGGUCAACACCCAGGCGGAGCAGUUCCGGAGCCAGCUGAUCCCCGUGGCGCAGCGCAUGCAGGCUGUGCUGCGUGAGAACGCGGAGAACCUGCAGAGCUCCCUGGCGCCCUUUGCCGACGACUUCAAGACCAAGGUGGAGCAGAACGUGGAGGAGCUCAAGGCGCGCUUCACACCCUACUCGGACCAGCUCAAGACCAAGAUUGACGAGAACAUGGAGGAGCUGCACCGCAGGCUGGCCCCAUAUGCCCAGGAAGUCCAGGAGAAGCUCAACCACCAGCUCGAGGGCCUGGCUUUUCAGAUGAAGAAGAACGCAGAGGAGCUGAAGGUCAAGAUCGACGCAAAAGCCGAGGAACUGAAGCAGAAGCUGGUGCCUGUGGCCGAGGAUGUGCGUGGCAGGCUGCAGGGCAACACCGAGGGGCUGCAGAAGUCGUUGGCCGAGCUGAGCAGCCAGCUGGACCGCCAGGUGGAGGAGUUCCGCAGCAGCGUGGGGUCUUACGGCGAGACCUUCAACAAAGUCUUGGUGCAGCAAAUGGGGGAGCUCAGGCAGACGCUCGGCCCUUUCGCGGGGGACGUGGAAGGCCACUUGGUCUUCCUGGAGAAGGACCUGAGAGACAAAGUCAACUCCUUCUUCAGCACCCUCAAAGAGAAAGAGAGCCAGAACCAGCCGGUCGUGCUCCCCCUCCAGGAGCAGGAACAGGAGCAGGCCCCAGCCCCCCUCUAG